UAGACGCUAUGCUUGUGUAGUGCAUUAAUGUAGGGAGUGGGGAGUGGUUUAGAACCAGCCUUCGUUAUCGUUGUAACCAGCUAGCGGGGCAAUACUGGGGAUGAUGACAUUCAUUACCUUUGUAGGUUAGCUUAUUGCAGGGGAAACAAUAGUCGUACGUUAAAUUUAGUGAAGGGGAAAACCUGAUAUUUGGUUUUGGGUCGUUGUUUUAACCUGUAGUUAAGGUUUGGUGAUGCUUUAAGGAAGGAUAAAGUGAAGCCAUGAGUGAGUUCAGGAUACACCACGAUGUGAAUGAGUUGCUCAGCCUCCUUCAUGUCAGAGGAGGAGAUGGGGCCGAGGUGUACAUCGACUUACUGCAGAAGAACAGGACUCCUUAUGUGACCACCACAGUGUCUGCACACAGUGCUAAGGUGAAGAUCACCGAGCACUCUAAAACACCCGAGGACUUUUUGAGGAAAUAUGAAGAGCUAAAGUCCAAAAAUGCACGCAACUUGGACCCUCUGGUUUAUCUUCUCUCGAAGCUCACUGAAGAUAAAGAGACUCUGAAGUUUCUGCAGCAGAAUGCCAAAGAGAGAUCAGAGAUGUCAGCCAACGCUACAUCAAGCACCACGACGUCUUUCAAUAUUCCCCCAACCAGUAGCAAGAUGUCAAUGCAGGAGUUGGAGGAGCUGCGCAAAAAGCUCGGCAAUGUCACAGCCAGCGCCAACGUUCCACAGUCUGCUGAGGUCACCCGCAAGCUGCUAAGAGAUAGACACAACAAGAAGAAUCCCACACAGCCUAUUCCUGUCUUCCCAAACUGGGUGUAUGACAGACCUGCACUGAUUGGAGAUUUCAUCACUAGCUCUGCACCAAUGGGAGAUCCGGUCGUGGCUAUCGGUACGAUGCCACUGACCAUGCAGGAGCAAGCUCUGGUUGAGGACCUGCUGUAUGUGCUGAUCGGUGUGGACGGGAGAGACAUCGCGGCACAGCCUGUGCUCGGCAGACAGAGUCGCACGUUUAUAGUAGAUCCUUCUCUGGACAUGUCCAUUAAGGAGCUUGUGAACCGGAUAUUACCAGUGGCAUCCUGUUACUCCACUGUCACCCGCUUCACAGAGGAGAAGUGUUCCUUUGAGUAUGGUCAGGUGAACCAUGCGCUCACUGCUGCCAUGAGGACACUCAUGAAGGAGUAUCUCAUCUUGGUGACCCAGCUAGAGCAUCUUCACAGGCAGGGCAUGCUGUCCCUACAGAAGCUCUGGUUCUACAUCCAGCCCACCAUGCGCACCAUCGAAGUUCUGGCCUCUGUCGCCACUUCAGUGGACAAAGGAGACUGCAUGGGUGGCUCAACAUUAAGUCUGCUCCAUGACCGCACCUUCAACUACACUGGUGACAGCCAAGCCCAAGAGCUGUGCCUCUAUCUCACUAAAGCAGCCAGUGUCCCAUACUUUGAGAUGCUGGAGAAAUGGAUCUAUCGGGGAAUCAUUAAGGAUCCAUACGGGGAGUUCAUGGUUGAGGAGCACGAACUUCAGAAAGAGAAGAUCCAGGAGGACUAUAAUGACAAAUACUGGGAUCAGAGAUACACCAUUGUGCAGCACAAAAUCCCCUCUUUCCUUCAAAAAAUGGCCGAUAAAAUACUAAGUACAGGGAAAUACUUGAACGUUGUGAGGGAGUGUGGGCAAGACGUGACCUGUCCAGACGCAAAGGAGGUUCUCUACACUUUAAAAGAGAGAGCGUAUGUGGAACAAAUUGAAAAAGCCUACAACUAUGCCAGUAAGGUUCUCUUGGACUUUCUUAUGGAGGAGAAGGAGCUGGUGUCACGGCUGAGGUCCAUCAAGCACUACUUUUUGAUGGACAAGGGAGACUUCUUUGUGCACUUCAUGGACCUCACUGAAGAAGAGCUGAAGAAACCUGUUGAUGACAUCAUCCCAUCUCGCUUGGAGGCACUGCUGGAGCUGGCUCUGAGAACAAGCACAGCCAACACCGACCCCUUCAAAGAUGAUCUAAAGAUUGAUCUUAUGCCCCAUGAUGUCAUUACUCAACUACUGCGCGUCUUGGCCAUAGAGACCAAACAGGAAAAAGCCAUCAUCAACGCUGACCCCACCGACGUGGCCCUCAGUGGCCUCGAGGCUUUCUCUUUCGACUACAUUGUCAAAUGGCCGCUGUCGCUUAUAAUCAACCGGAAAGCAUUGACAAGAUAUCAGAUGCUCUUCAGACAUAUGUUUUAUUGCAAGCAUGUCGAGCGGCUGCUCUGCAAUGUUUGGAUUAGCAACAAGUCGGCCAAGCAGUACUCCCUACACUCUGCUAAAUGGUUUGCUGGUGCAUUUGCUCUCAGGCAGCGCAUGCUAAACUUUGUACAGAACAUCCAGUACUACAUGAUGUUUGAGGUCAUGGAGCCCACAUGGCACAUCAUGGAGAACAACCUGAAAUCGGCAUCCAAUAUCGAUGAUGUUCUUUGCCAUCACACCAGUUUCUUGGAUAACUGUCUGAAAGACUGCAUGCUGACCAACCCUGAACUGCUGAGGAUUUUUUCCAAGCUCAUGUCCGUGUGCGUCAUGUACACCAACUGCAUGCAGCAAUUCACCCAGAGUAUGAGGAUGGACAGUGAGAUAAACCGAUUAAGUCUGGAACGUGGCACCUUGGAGGGUCCUCCAACACAGAGCGAACGCACGGAGGAGGCUGAGAAGAAAAGACUGGCCUCCAAGUUUUUAGCUGACCAUGCUGAUUCCCUGCAGUCAGACUCAGGCUUUGAAAGCACUAUCAGUAAGUUUGACAGUAAUUUCAGCACGUUGUUAUUGGACCUGUUGGACAAGCUGAGCAUUUACAGCACCAAUGACUGUGAGCACAGCAUGAUCAACAUCAUUUACAGGCUUGAUUUUAACGGGUUCUACACUGAGCGUCUGGAGCGAAUGGCGAUUGAAAGGGGUCAGAAGGCUGCCACGUAGCACUCUACACCAGGACCUUCAUAAAUCAACAUCAAACAGCAAUAAGGGGCUUGAUGGCAUGUUCUGCUCCUUAGAAUCGUGUUAAUUUUAAACACCCUAUACCCAUCACAUUACCUAAAAGCCUAUUCAAAAGAGUUUGACUGUACAUUUAUAGAACGGCUCAGCCAUGGCUGAAUAGUUUGAUUUGUCUUUGUUCUUCCACAGGACAUGUAGCAGUGUUGUGUUGUAAUAUAAGCAAUUCUUGAAGAAAUAUUGGAUUCUAACAAAAUAAGCAGUGUUUGUGGUGUUUGUUUUGUCAUCUUUUUUUUUCCCCCUCCCUUUUAGCUCUCAACAAUAACCCUGGUGUUUAUUGGGCUGAGUUCAAUGACUUAAAUAAUUCAAUGAUCAUCUGCUUAUGAUGCUCUCCACUAGCAACAUGUGCACACCCCAGAUAAUUAUUGCUAGAAUUAUUGCCUUUGCCCCUAGACUUUUUAUCAGAACAGAUUUGCGUAAGCAAUGUUUCAGCAAAAUUACAUUAAGCAUAACAGUAAUGGGCAAAAAAAAUAUGGCUCACAAAAAUAAGACUGGACCUGUGAUGUAUAAUAAGUUUACAGUAUAAAAACACUAUGCUCAAAUUUAAUAAUGCUCAAAUUUAAUAAUACCAAGGGUUAAAAUAAGUCAGAAUUAAAUAAAUACAAGGGCGCAAUACAAUUACAGAACUACACAGUGAAGAACAAUAUGGCAUAUAAAUGCUGCCGGCAGUGUGUGAAAACAUUCUAUACAAUUGUGUAGGCGCAUGUAUGGGUGUCAUGGUCAGGCGUCCACAUACCUUUGGCCAUGCAGUGUAUUAUUGCAAUAGGCUUAUCUAAGGAGUACUCAAUAGUAUGGAGACUGUAAAUGAGAAAAGAGAAAUAUUUACAUUUGUGUGGAUAAUAAAUCCUCAAGUUGGGCAAAUUUUUAUGACCUUUUAUGCACUGCUUGGAGAUAAAUAUUAAUAAGAUUCAGGGGGGAAAGCAUGAACCAGGAAGAGAGAAUAUUCAAAUUAAGUUUGUAUUAAUGUUAUUUAAAUAGUGCAGCUUUGGGUGGUGUAAAAUCUCCUUUAAUAUUUUAAUGAAGGUUAUUGUAUCUUACUUUCCCUUACUCUGAAGGAGAAAAAUGUAUUGUAUUUUACAAUUAACAUUAUUUUUGAAAACGACCUUUUUCUUCCAAAAAAAUUCAAUAAAGCUGUUUAUAUUGACAUUGAGCACACUGUACAGUAUGUGAGAGAGAAUGUUCAUAAUGUUCACCACCAGAGGGCGACAGAGAGCUGCGUCUCCUUUCACUAGUCACUUUUCUCAAUGUGAUGUAGUUACUGCUGGUUUCAACUUAUUGUUAAACAUGUACAGAAUAUAACAUUAUACAGAAAUUAAUUUUCUGCUCUGAGCAUCCCCUGAUCAGGUUUCCUCCUCAGGUUCAUGAUUUAUUACAGCAGGUAGGUGGCUUUGAACAGUGUGUAAAUGAUCCACACCCUCCUCCCAGUGUCCAGCCCUACAGCUCAUUUGCUUUAACUUCACUAAGAAAACUAAACUGAAGGCUGCAGGCAUGAUGACAGGAUUAAAAUAAAAGCACCUUUUAAAACGC